CAAGCGAUGGCCGGUGCGAGCGAUCAUGAGAAUUUUUUCGAGGGAACAGAGAAAUUACUGGAAGUAUGGUUUUCCUCAUCCUCGGACAAUGAGCAUCAUGAUCUAAGAAAUAUACAAAGGAAGGACUGGGAGGAACUGCUAGGUAUUGUGAGAUGUGAGAUCCUAAGCAAGACAUCAAACUCCGACAUGGAUGCCUACGUCCUUAGUGAAAGCAGCAUGUUUGUGACCAAGGAGCGAUUUAUCCUGAAAACCUGCGGGAAAACCACUCUUCUGUUAGCCAUCGAGCCCUUACUUAGACUGGCCAAGAACAAAUGUGGAUUAGAUACAGUCUUUGACAUUUUCUAUUCAAGGAAGAAGUUUGCACGGCCAGAGCAACAGCACAGUAUCCAUCGAACAUUUGAAGAUGAGGUCGGCCACCUCGAUAAAAUCUUUAAAAAUGGUGCAGCAUACACACUUGGACGUAUUAACAGAGAUUGCUGGCAUCUGUAUACACUAGAUGAGGAAGGAGUCACCUUGCCAGACCAGACUGUGGAACUGUUAAUGUGGGAUAUGUGUCGAGAGAAGAUGGCCAUUUUCACACAGGAAGUCUCGAAGUCAGCUGCUCAGGCAACCAAGGACUCUGGCAUAUCUGAUAUUAUACCUGGAGUUCAGAUUGAUGACUUCCUGUUUGAGCCUUGUGGGUAUUCUAUGAAUGGUCUGUUACCAGGGGGUUACUAUAUCACCAUCCAUGUGACUCCAGAGCCUCACUGUUCCUACGUCAGCUUUGAAACCAACGUUCCCCAGGAAUCCUAUCAUAUGCUGAUUGACAAAGUUCUGUCCACGUUUAGACCGGGCAAGUUCCUUAUGACAGUCUUUGCUAACAAGGCAUCUCUGGCUAAAGACAACCAUAAGAUGAUGGCAGAGAAAGAAGUCAAAGGUUACGUCCGUAAUGACCAUCAGCUCUGUUUCUUUAAGAACUACAAUCUGACCUACUCCUUCUUCACCAGGCCAGUGAUCUAGGAUCUAGCUUGUGGGAAUGUCUCGUUAGCCAUCCCCAGCCCGACACACCACCCUGACUGUGUCCAGUGCUCCAUGGAGAGACUUUCCCCGUUACCUAGCAACAUGUGUGCUUUUUUUAUUUUGGUGUUAAUUAUUAUUGAUUUUGAUGUUAAUGAUAUUGUGUUUUUGUGGAUAACUAGAAAAAAUAGAAAGAAAUACAGACUUCUGUUCUCCUUCCUGACAAGGAAGUUGAGAUAAAUAGGCUCUUUUCAUAAAGAGUGUUAAAUCUUGGGUAGUUUUUAUUCCAAUACACAUGACAGAUAUUAUUAAUAAUGAGCUCUGUGAGCUUUGUAGCAAAUCUUAGCCAUGUAAUGAUUUAUAUAAGUUUUCAUAUCAGGAAGUUCUGCAGAUACAUGCUGAACUACUCGAUGCAAGAACAUGUUGUAAUGGACUUUAUUAACAAUGUAUUGUAGGUUAUCAGUUUACCCUCUAUCAUGUCCAUUAAGCCAAACUUCCUCUAUUACUCAAAAUAGGGAGGUGGGCUUCUAUGGACCAUGCUGGCUUUUCUUUGGUAUGGAUUUACUAUUUUUUUCCCCAAUAAUUGACAAUUUUUGGCGGUUUGAAGGCACUACAGAAUUUCGCAGUGGUGGAGGGUAACAUUUUAACAUUAUCAAUAUCAGAUUUCUUGCCAAUGAUGAAAAUAAAAAGAUAGUUUUAUUAUGGAGAAGAGACACCAUUAGAUGUCAUUGAAAAGACAAUGUAAUGUCUAAAGUUGAAUGGCAACUAGGUUUCUCAAAGCAAAAUGAACUGUAACCUACCUGUUUUACAGAAACCUUGAAGAUAUGCUAAGCAUUGCGAUAUCUUUACGUUGUGAAGCAGAAAAGAAAGAGAUCAUGAAUAAGCAUUGUAUUGUUUGUUAAAUUUUCUUUAUGGGGAUUCCGAACUGGCACAAUCCCAGUGAUAACAUUAAAUACCUGGUAAUUCUUAUAAUCCUAGAUGAAAAUUGUUACUAGAAGAAACUAGUGGCUUAGUAAUUAAUGGGAGGAUUCAUAUGUAAAACAAAUAAAAAAAAUUAAAUUGCUCUAACAUUAUUGAAUGUCACACUCGCAAUUUCCAAUGCCAGACUUUUGUUCAAGAUUCAUAGGAAUGAAACAGGUCAUGUAAAAUAAUUGUAAUAUCUUCACAUGCAUUGGUUAAUGAUGUAAAAAUUAACCACUUUGAGCAUUCAAGUUUUAUAAUAAAUUAAUAUUCAAUAAUACAUGAGUGUCCAUCAUCCAUUCACAAUUUCUAAAACUGGUUUUUGAAUGACCAAAUAGAUUAACCACUAAUCAUAUUGGAGUUACAGAUGUUGGUUUGGUUUUAUAGUUUUUAAAGAUUCUGGACCUGCAAAAUUAUGUAAUUGGUAUUAAUAAUUUGUUAGAAGCACAUUUUUUGUGAAGAUUUUGGAUUUAAAUUCAGAAGAGUUUACCUCUCAGCCGCACACCCUACCAAUUAGGUAGAGGUGGAAGGUGGGACCACAAUUUCAAGAUCUUCACCUUGUUAUGAUAUAUCUGCUUAUUCAACAAAAUCACACUAACAAAGCAGUCUUUAUUGUUCCUUGAGAUGCCAUUUCCAUUGCUCAUUUCUUUAAAUUGGAGACAACUCUAAAAUAAUUUCAGGAUUGCCACCUUUGUAUGGUGUUAAAAAUUCACCUUUGUAUGUUCAAUUUUAAGCUCAAGAGCUAAUGAUACUGGUGCUCUUGGAUUCGGGAUUGUUUUACAACUUAGAUAUUAAUUAGAUAUUAAUAUAAAAGAAAGUAAAGAGUAAUUUUAAAAUCAAUAUAAAACAUCAGGUGAUACACAAGUUAUAUGCAUUUAUUGACAAAGCUGUUUGUUGAAAUCUUUCCCUUUGUGUUUUAGAUACAGAUCUCAUGGUCAACUUUACAUUUUGGUGAAAAAGAUGUUUGAUUCAUUUUGAAGCAAAUUUUAGCAAAGGGUUGGAAUGUUUUGUUAAAACUUGUUAUAUUCUGAUUCAGUGCUAGAAUGGCAAAGACGAACAUAUGCGACACCGUUUCAGUAAACAGAAAUCUCAUGAUCCAGUAAAACAGUGUGAAACAAUGUUUAAUAUGUAAAGCAUGUCUGUAUUGAUGUUUAGGCAUUAACAAAACUUUCCAUGGAGAAUAACUUCCUUGUAACUGACCAUACACUUUAUGUGCAUAAUUGUGUUAAAAGGUUUGACUUUCGUUUUGCUGGUGUUUUUAUAGACAAUUGCUGUUUUGCUUUGAAAGCUUGACUACUUAUCUGCACAAGUGUAAGAUUCGUGAUGGACAAGGUGAGAUUGUCAUGAAGGUGGCCAACUGUUUUUGGCAUAAUUUUAUAUGGACAAGGAUAAUUCUUUUUUGUUGCUGUUUUGGAAAUCAUUAUCUUUGCUAUUGUGAUCUUAUUCAUCAACUGAUUGGGAUGAAAUUUUCAGGGUAUCGGUAUCAUUGACUUCCUGUCAACAAAAUUAUAGAAUCGCCAUUAAAUCAUUAUGAAUGCCCAAUGGUGAGUUAAAGGUAAUACUGCAACAACUAUGAUGAUUACAUAUCGAUACCAUAAUCAAAAUGGUUUGCAGGGGACAUAACUCUUGAUCAUGGAAGUGACGAACAUUUCACAAUUAUUCAUAGAACAGGUUUGGCAUUAUAUUAUUGAAAAGGAGAUGAUGAAAUGUUUACAUUGGGAUACUUUACAAUUGCUGUAGAACUAUUUAUUCUUUGUUUAAGGUUGAAAUUUAAUGAAUAAAGCUAAUAAUGUUCAAUUAAA